GUUGUUGUAGAUGAUGUUGCUGGACAGCUGACUGAUAAUGAUGAAUUCACAGUGAGGGUGUUAUAUAGUCCGACAUCGCGCUCAUUCCAUUCCUUUUCACAAGUGGGCACAUGCUAUGUAAUCGAUGGUACUAGCGGUUCUUAUGCCAAUUUCAUCAAACCCAAAUCGCCAAGAAAAAAAAUUGUGCUAAUUUCACUUUUGGCUUUGUUAGAAAUCAGCUCGUCUGUCGGUUUCUCCCUUGAGGUGUGACGCCACAAGUCAUUGGGAAGCAAUUUCUCAUUCCUUUUUAUGCAGAAUUUUCAUAUCAACACCUCAAAAUAUUUCCAGCAUGAUUUGAACGUUUUAAUCAUUUCAUCGUGAUCUGUCAUACAUUUUCAAUGUACGGCGCAAAAUCCUACCGUGAGAAAGAAUUGCCUUUCUCUUCUUUCCCAUUGCUCUACUCCAUCACUGGUAAUUUAUCCCCGUUGACGUAAACCAAGACCCAAUUUGACAAUAAUUGCGACCUUAAGCCUUUUCUUCCGUUUGGUGGUCAGGUCAGGUAUUCCUCUAUCGAAACAAUUGCUGUAAGUUCAUCAGUCUACUUCCCGUUUCGUUCAAGUGAAUGUGCACGACUGAUUACAAGCAUGGAGCGUGACGUACCGACCAACAUGGUAGUUUCAGAAUUCAGGUAUUACAUUAAACCAAAACGAGCAUGAUAUGGUAAGAUUUUACAUAGGUAGCACACGUAGUUUUCAAGUACUUAUCCACGUCAACUUGUUUUUACUUACUUCCAUGUAACUAAUGGGCAAAACUAACAAGUGACGCAUGUGUCACUGAGUAUUGUUUGACACGAACGCAACCCAUUGUACUAUAGGUAACCUGCUUUCCAUAUUGAGAGAGCAGAGUGUAAAUAUAAUCUAGAUAGUCAUCCAGGAUGCAUCAUGAACAAGUGUUCUUAUUUGAACGAUCGGUUCAACGCGUUCUCGGCAGCCUACAAAACGUAUGGUCAUGGAUUAGUAUAAAAGGCCGUGUCAAUCGUUUAGCUAUAUCACCAGUCUACAAGCGACAUUUACAACAACAGAAAAUGUUCCAGAAAGUAUUUCUACUUGCCAGCGUUUUUGUCGUUAUGGCCAUCGUCUACGCCAAUUCGGUGCACGCCACGGUUGAAGAAUCUACGGAUCAAACCUUUUGCAAAGCGUUUUCUUCUUGCUUCAACGACACGGACUGCGCGAGUAACCUAAUUUACAAAACCUGCCGCACGAAUUUGUUUGGCCAACUGCAAUGCUGUCUCUAAUUUGAAAACGAAAACCUUCCACAUCAGCGAAAACGCAGACCAUUAUAUUC